AUGAUGCAUGUAACAUGUUUUGCGCAUGCAUUGCAUAGACUUGCUGAGUUUGUCCGUUGUCAAUUCAACAAAGUAAAUACGCUGAUUGCAAGCAACAAAUCUGUUUUUUUAAAGGUAAGGUUUUACUGUAUUCACAAGGCAAACAUUUAUUUAACAAAUUUUUUAGGCACCCUCGCAAAGACACAAACUGCAAACACCGAAGUCUUAGAUUUGCUGAAAAAAACAUCCAGUGAUUUGUCUUCCGUCAAAUCGGGAGAAUGUAGUAUGCUACCUUGUUCGCCUCAAACGAAGAAUUUCAAUCUACGCGAGCUUUUAAAAACAUCAGUAAACGGACAACUUGCUUUAAGUUAUCAAGAAAAGCAUGGGUACUUGGACAGUAGAAACCAAAAAAAUUUAACACAUUGCAUCGUUGACUACUAUAUUGGUUUAGGACGCAAAAUGCAAUACUCAGAUAUGAGGGAAUGGGCGGAUGAAAUUGUUGCGGUAUUUCCCAAAGAAAAGAAGGAAUUUUACUUUUUGGAAAGAAAAAUGGGAAAAAGAAAUCCGAGUGGUAAAUUGUUCUCGCGUUGGGCUAAUGCCAUAAAGUUGGAAAACAAAGCCAAUUCUGUUACCCAGGAAGCUCAUGAAGAUGUUUUUGACGGUGUGCAAUACUUUUUACUCCUACUUUAUAAAAUAAUUUGUUGUUUUAACAAUAUUUAA